AUGGAUCAAGAAAGUUCCAGCGAUGUGGGUCGACAGUACUCUCAAAUCUUGCAAAUGCUAAAGGGAAAUGAGAGUGCACCUACAGUCAACACUGUCAAACUGGAUACAGCCGACACUUCAUCAAGUGUUGCAGGUACUAUUACUGCUCUUUUGUCUAAUCUAGUUGAAUCUAACUGGAUAGUAGACACUGAAGCCUCAAAUCACAUGGUGCAUAAUAAAGAGUUUCUCAUGAAAUGUGAGAAGCUAAGUGAAUAUGCUAGAAAUAAAGUUCAUCUUCCCACUGGGAAACAAAUUACCAAGGAAUUGAAAUGUAUGGUUCGUUUCUUCCCUGAUUUCCAUGGAUUUCAGGAAAUCUCAAGUGGGAAGGUGCUAGGGAUUGGUAGAGAGGAUGAUGGUUUGUACAUCUUGAAGGCUUGCAAGGAGAAUUCUGGUGGUGAUUCAAGAAGCAGACAGAAGUGUUGUUCUUCUAACUCUGUAAACAUUAGUAGUUCUGUUUCUAAUAAUGGUGUGCGUGAUAUUGCUAUGUAUGAUACUGUGGCUCAGAAUAGCAUGUUGAUUCUCAAAGACUUUCUUGCUCUAGUAAAGACUCAAUUUGAUACCAUAUUUAAGUGCCUGAGAACUGACAAUGGCAUUGAGUUUUUAAUGAGCAAGUUAGUUCACUACUUAGAGAAUCUGGAUUACUUCAUCAGAGUUCUUGGGCACUGUGCUGCCACUGCUGUCUAUAUAUUGAACAGGCUGCCUAGUAUGGUUCUUAAUGGGGUGAAGAAGGGUGACAAGUUUGGCCCUAGAGCUAUUCCCUCUGUUCACAUAGGCUAUUUUUCAUCACAAAAGGGCUAUAUUUUGUUUGAUCUCACUACAAAAGAGUUCUUUGUCAAUAGAGAUACGGUGUUCAAGGAAAAUGUCUUCCCUUUCCGUAACUUAUUGACUGAACCAUCUUCUAUUUUCCCUGUUCUAUCCUUUUUUGAGUAUGAUGCGUCCUCUCCUAGUUCUCACCCUCAAGUGUCAGUUACACCAUUCACUCAUCAAAACACUACUCCAUCUCCAUCUCCACAAACAUAG